AUGGCGCCUAAGAAGAAGGGAGGCAAGCGCCAAGAAGAGGACUGGGAGGCUGAUCUCGGCGAGACCGCUGCUCCCGCUCAGGCUCCUGCGGAGGAGCCUGCCCAGGAUGGCGGCGAAGAUGCUGCUGAAGAAGAGGCCGGUGGUGGCGGUCUCAUGGCUGCCCUACGAAAGAACAAGGCCCGUAAAGCUAAAAAGGGCAAGCCCGUCAACGACUUUGUCGAGGGCGAAGACGCCGGAGCCGAUCUGGCCAGCAAGCAGCCAGAGGAGGGCACUUUCGACGAAGAUGAUGUUUUCUCCGGCAAGCCUAAAAAGCCUAUCAAGCAAGUGGAAUCUACACCGGCCCCGGCUGCCGAUGAAGGCGAGUUCCGCGUGAAGACCAAGAAGGAGAAGGAGAAGGAGAAGAAGGAGCGCGAGAAGCAGCGAAAGAAGGAACAGGCUGCCAUGAAGAAGAAGACCACACCUGCCACUCAAACGUCCGAGCCCGCAAAGACUGUCACGGAGGAAAAGAAGGUUGAAGCUGAGCCCGCCGCAGCGGCCAAGACUGCGGGCAAGGCCAAGAAGCUUCCACCUCAUCUCGCGGCCCUCCAGAAGCAGCAAGAGCUUUUGCGCAAGCAGCGCGAAGAGGAAGAGCGCCGAGCCGCCGAAGAGAAGGCACUCUUGGAAGAGCAGGCCCGCAAGGAUGCUGAAGAGGAGGCUAAGCGUGAAGAAGCCCGUCGUCUGAAGAAGGAGCGUGAGCGUGAGAAGAAGGAACAGCUGCGCCGUGAGGGUAAGCUCUUGACAAAGGCUCAGAAGGAGGCUCAGGCCAAGAUCGAGCUCAGGAAGAAGCACUUGCUUGCCUCUGGUGUCUCCGUAGCGGGCCUAGAAGGUGGUGCGGAGAAGAAGCGCCCUGUGUACGAAAACCGCAAGAAGAAAGGCGGCAAGAAGCAAGAGGACGACCUAGAAGCCGCCGCUGAACGGGCUCGUCUCCAGCGUGAAGCUGAAGAUGAGCGACGUAAGAAGGAGGCUGAGGAGAAGGCCAAGGCUGAGGCUGAGGCUAAGGCUAAGGCUGCUCCCGCAGAUGAAGAUGAUGCCGUCGAGGACUGGGAGCAAGCUGCGGAGGCUGACGACGAUGUGAAGGACAGCUGGGAUGCUCCUUCUGACGAGGAAGAGGAAGCGAAGCCCGCCACUAAUGGCACUGAUAAGGCUGUCAGCGAGAAGAAAUCGGAAGAGGAGGACAGCGACUCCGAGGAAGAUUCUGACGAGGACGACUCGUCUGAGGAAGACUCCGAGGAUGAGGAGCAGUCUGCAACCCAGAAGGCUAUUGCGCAGCGCAAGGCUGAGGCCGCAGAGCGCAGGAAGAAACAGCACGAGGAGGCCUUGGCUGCUCGAUCCAAGGAUAAUCUCCGCUCUCCAAUUUGCUGUAUUCUCGGUCACGUCGAUACCGGAAAGACCAAACUUCUCGACAAGAUUCGUCAGACCAACGUGCAAGAAGGUGAAGCUGGUGGUAUUACCCAACAGAUUGGUGCAACCUACUUCCCCGUUGAUGCCUUGAAGCAGAAGACUGCAGUCGUCAACAAGGAUGGUGCCUUCGAGUUCAAGGUUCCCGGUCUUUUGAUCAUUGACACGCCUGGUCACGAGUCUUUCUCUAACCUCCGUUCCCGUGGUUCCUCCCUUUGUAACAUUGCCAUCUUGGUUGUCGAUAUCAUGCACGGUCUUGAGCCCCAGACUCUGGAGUCUAUGCGCUUGCUCCGUGACCGCCGCACUCCUUUCAUUGUUGCGCUGAACAAGAUCGAUCGUCUCUACGGCUGGAAGAAGAUUGACAACAACGGCUUCCAGGAGAGUCUCAGCAUGCAAAGCAAGGGUGUCCAGAACGAAUUCCGCACUCGUCUUGAGGCCACCAAGCUUGCAUUCGCCGAGCAGGGUUUCAACUCUGAGCUGUUCUAUGAGAACAAGUCUAUGGCCCGUAAUGUCUCUCUUGUGCCCACCUCCGCCCAUACUGGCGAGGGUGUGCCCGACAUGCUCAUGCUUCUGACCAAGCUGAGUCAAGAGCGUAUGACCAACUCUCUCAUGUACCUUUCCGAGGUCGAGUGUACCGUUCUUGAGGUCAAGGUGAUCGAGGGUCUUGGUACCACCAUCGACGUGAUUUUGUCCAACGGUAUUCUCCGUGAGGGUGAUCGCGUUGUCUUGUGCGGUCUGAAUGGACCGAUCACAACAAAUAUCCGUGCACUGUUGACGCCUGCUCCUUUGAAGGAACUGCGUCUCAAGUCGCAAUACGUUCACAACAAGGAAGUCAAGGCCGCUCUUGGUGUCAAGAUUGCUGCCAACGACCUUGAACACGCCAUCGCCGGUUCCCGCUUGCUCGUCGUCGGUCCUGAUGAUGAUGAGGAGGACUUGGAAGAUGAGGUCAUGACCGACCUGGAGAACCUGCUCAGCCGUGUUUCUACCGACAACCGUGGUGUCACCGUUCAGGCUUCCACCCUUGGUUCCCUGGAGGCUCUCUUGGAGUUCCUCAAGCAGUCCAAGAUUCCUGUGGCAAACAUUUCCAUUGGCCCUGUUUACAAGCGUGAUGUGAUGAUGGCAGGAACCAUGCUGGAGAAGGCCAAGGAGUACGCCGUCAUGCUUUGUUUCGAUGUUAAGGUCGACAAGGAAGCUGCUGCUUAUGCCGCCGAUGUUGGCGUGAAGAUCUUCACCGCCGACAUUAUCUACCACCUCUUCGACGACUUCACCAAGCACAUGGCCGCUUUGACCGAACAACGUAAGGAGGAAGCCAAGCUGCUGGCUAUCUUCCCCUGCGUCAUCAACCCCGUUGCUGUCUUCAACAAGAAGGACCCUAUCGUUAUCGGUAUCGAUGUCAUUGAGGGAAGCUUGCGCAUGCAUACCCCUCUUGCAGCGGUUCGUACCAACGCUGCUGGUCAAAAGGAAAUUGUCGAUAUCGGUCGAGUGACAUCUAUUGAACGUGAUCACAAGCCCAUCGCUGUGUGCAAGAAGGGACAACCGUCCGUGGCGGUUAAGGUCGAGGGUCCCAACCAGCCCAUGUAUGGCCGUCAACUCGAAGAGAGUGAUCAGCUCUACUCGCACAUCUCUCGCGCAAGUAUUGACACGCUGAAGGAGUUCUACCGCUCCGAAGUCACCAUGGAAGAGUGGGCUCUGGUCAAGAAGCUCAAGCCUGUCUUUGACAUUCCAUAA